CUCUCUCUCUCUCUCUCUCUCUCUCUCUCUCUCUGCUACCAACCUAUUAGAACCAGUCCUCAUCACCUUCGUAUUUCAAGCCCUUUUAGUACUCUCGACAACUCAACUAUAUGUACAUAAGGGUCCCUGUUUCGAUCAAUCUUCUUCUUCUUCUUCUUGUUUAAUGCUUUUGUUAUGAGAGAGAGCAUGGAUAUGGGGUUGUCAAAGUUAUUAGUGUUCUUUCUUUUCUCUCUCAUAUUCCAAACACCGGCUAUUGCCGUCAAGCAGUCUUACAUAGUGUACAUGGGAGUGCAUUCACAUGGGCUGAAAGAUGCUAUAGCUAGUGUUAGUAAGGUGAAAGAGUCACACAAUGAGUUUCUUGCAUCCUUCUUGGGAAGCACCGAGAAGGCCAGGGAGUCGAUAUUUUACUCGUACACGAGAGAUAUCAAUGGAUUCGCUGCGACUCUCGACGAGGAGGAAGCAGCAGCAAUUGCAAGGCAUCCGAACGUUGUGUCUGUGUUCUUGAACAAAGGGAAACACUUGCACACAACCCAUUCAUGGGAAUUUAUGUUGCUGGAGCAGAAUGGUGUAGCUCAACACAAUGCACUAUGGAGCAAGGCUAGUUAUGGUGAAGAUAUCAUCAUUGGAAAUCUUGACACCGGGGUGUGGCCUGAGUCAGAAAGCUUUAGUGAUAAAGGCUUUGGGGCCGUUCCGUCCAAGUGGAAAGGGUUCUGUGAGAACGACACGAGCACUGGUGUCCCCUGUAAUAGGAAACUUAUUGGGGCUAAGCAUUUCAACAAAGCUUAUAUUUCCUAUGGAGGUGAGCUAAACGCUUCUACAAACUCUCCACGUGACAACGAUGGCCAUGGAUCACACACGCUGUCAACAGCAGGUGGGAACUUUGUUCCCGGAGCUAAUAUAUUUGGCCUUUUUAACGGUACUGCAAAAGGUGGAUCACCUAAAGCUCGUGUGGCUGCGUUCAAGGUAUGCUGGCCUCCACUCCUAGAAGGUGGAGGGUGUUAUGAUGGCGAUAUAUUGGCAGCCUUUGAUGCUGCCAUACACGACGGUGUUGACGUGCUGUCUGUGUCACUUGGUGGGACAGCUGCUGAUUACUUUGGGGAUGCCACUGCUAUUGGGUCGUUCCAUGCCCUAAUGAAUGGUGUUGUCGUGGUUUGCUCAGCUGGGAAUGACGGACCAGGAGAUUACACGGUCACCAAUGUUGCCCCAUGGAUACUCACUGUUGGAGCAAGCACCAUUGACCGCGAGUUUGUUACUCUUGUCGAACUACCUAACGGAAAACGAUUUGAGGGAGCAAGCAUUUCUAAGCCUCUACGAGGAGGACAUAAAUUCUAUCCCCUUAUUAGCAGUGCGCAGGCUAAAGCCAAGAAUGCCUCAGCUGAAGAAGCUAUGCUGUGUAAGGAAGGAACACUGGACCCCAAGAAGGUGAAAGGCAAGAUAUUGGUGUGCCUAAGGGGCGAUAACGCGAGAGUGGACAAGGGCAUGCAAGCUGCGCUGGCAGGUGCUGUUGGCAUGAUCCUCUGUAAUGAUGAGUCUACCGGCAAUGAAAUUAUCGCUGAUCCGCACUACAUCCCAGCAUCACAUAUCAACUACACCAACGGUCUUGUUGUUUACGCAUACAUCAAUUCUACCAAGGAUCCAAAGGCAUAUAUUACUGCUUCAACAGCAGAAAUGCACACAAAGCCUGCUCCUUUCAUGGCCUCUUUCUCCUCCAAGGGUCCAAACUCAGUGACACCAGAAAUCCUCAAGCCUGACAUAACUGCGCCAGGAGUCAGCAUUAUAGCUGCCUAUACUGAAGCACAUAGCCCAACCGAGAAUGACUUUGACAAACGUCGGACUAGCUUCACAACAGAAUCUGGCACGUCUAUGUCUUGUCCUCACGUCUCAGGAGUAGCCGGACUUCUCAAGAAACUGCAUCCUGAUUGGAGUCCUGGUGCCAUUAAAUCCGCGAUCAUGACUACAGCAAGAACCAGAGAUAACACUGUGAAUCCAAUGCGCAAUGGCUCCUUUAUGGAGGCAAUGCCUUUCAGUUAUGGUGCUGGACAUAUACGACCCAAUCGCGCUGCAGAUCCCGGCUUGGUCUAUGACUUGAACACAAACGAUUACUUGGACUUCCUCUGCGGUAUCGGCUACAACCAAACCACCAUUAAACUGUUUUCUAAAGCACCUUAUAGUUGUCCCAGCAAUUUCAGUCUCCUCGACUUCAACUACCCUUCCAUUACCGUCCCUAACCUCUCUGGCUCGGUCACAGUGAGCCGGACGGUCAAGAAUGUUGGUUCACCGGGUGUCUAUGCAGCACGCAUACAUCAACCUCGUGGAGUCUUGGCCUCGGUGGAGCCCAAUGUUUUGAAGUUUGAUAGGACAGGCGAAGAGAAGAGCUUUAAGUUGACUCUGACAAAUAAGAAACUCGGUGGACCCGGAGAAUAUGUCUUCGGGGAGUUAUCGUGGUCUGACGGCCACCACUAUGUGAGGAGUCCAAUUGUAGUUGCUUCCAAAGCCGCAGUCAAGAAAAAAUCAGCACAACUAGGGGUUGUAGGCGGUAUCAGAAGUGGGAUUUAGGAUUUUCUUCUGUAUCUGUUCAAAAAUAUUUUACUACAUUGAUGGUUGAUACAUAUCACGUAAGUUUGCAGUGUGUGUGUGCGUUGGCUGGCGGUUUGAGUAUAGUGAGAUAAGGUGGAUUACAUUUUUAUGGGACUUCUUUGUUAUGAAAUUGGAAGUGAAAUGCAACAUACAGCUCUCUCUC